UGUGGUGUCAAUCAGAGCGGCGGCGCGCCUUUCAUCUCGCAGACUGUGGAGCGAGAGCCGGUGUAAGAUUACACACAGAGAGCCGAGCCGAGCAGCGCAGCUUCACAUCACACACACACACAGGAGCUGCGGCUGCAAUCGGGAGACGAGCAGGCACAAGCUUUCAUAUAAACGUGCACGAAUUCAACUUUUUAAAUGUUGAGCUAACUCGGAGAGUUCGGCUGACCUAUAAGACCGGAGAGCAUCCGGAGCGCAACUACAUAGACGGAUACCGCCGGCUGCUGGCUAGUAAGCCAACCAACCAACCACUUCUCUUCUUGGUGAUUUGUCUCUCAUUCAUUGAGACGCACACGUCUGCUCCUCAGACUUGCAAGAGAACCCUUUGAAGUGUGCGUGCGUGAGUUAGUGAGUCUGUCUGUCUACGAUUCUUUUCCAGCAGGAGCGACUCGUCACUUUUACUCACCCCUGUGAGUCAAACAAGACUUCGCCACUCAUAAAAUUGCAGCGGUCGUAUUCUAACCUGGAGUAACUUCGAAUCCGAGGGAUCUCUUUUGAGCUUGUUUUAAACGGAGGUCAACUGAGCGCCGACAUUUAAACAUUUUUGUUAUUUAUUAAUUUUAUUUCAAUUUUUCCCUUCUAACAAUCUAAGUUGCCAGAACGCUGGCGGGACCGCAACGACUUUUUCAGAUCCAAGGAUAUCGGAAGAAUUAAAUCACGGUAGCUGGGAGAUACACGAAACGCCAGUGAUUUUUUUUCUUUCCCUUUUCCUGAAUUUACUGUUUCUCGGGAAAAAAAAACAAAAAAGGAACCUCUACAAAGGGGCUUCGGGUUCUUCCUUCUAUUUAAAAUGCCACAGCUUUCGGGAGGUGGUGGAGGUGAUCCAGAACUCUGCGCAAAUGAUGAAAUGAUCCCCUUCAAAGACGAAGGGGACCCCCAGAAAGAGAAAAUUUUCGCUGAAAUUAAUCACCCCGAAGAAGAGGGAGACCUAGCCGAUAUCAAGUCCUCGCUAGUGAAUGAGUCGGAAAUCAACCCAAACAACCACCACGAGGUAGCAAGACGAACACAAAUACCCCAGGACUCGUAUCACGAAAAACACAGAGAGCAUCUGGACGAUGGGAAGCACCAGGAUGGAAGCUUAUAUAACAAAGGUCACCCUUAUACAGGAUACCCUGGGUACAUCAUGAUGUCUAACAUGAGCAAUGACUCGUACAUGUCUAAUGGCUCUUUGUCUCCUCCAAUGCCCCGAACAUCAAACAAAGUUCCAGUGGUUCAGCCUUCACAUGCCGUUCACCCACUCACUCCUCUGAUAACCUACAGUGAUGAGCACUUUGCCCCAGGACCACACUCUGGACACCACCCACAAGAUGUUGCCUCCAAACAAGGCAUACCCAGACAUCAUCAUUCAGGUCCUGACAUCCCCAAUUUCUAUUCACUGUCACCUGGAGGAGUUGGACAAAUCACACCCCCUCUUGGAUGGUUCUCACAUCACAUGGUACCUGGUCCACCUGGACCUCAUGCCACUGGAAUUCCUCAUCCCGCUAUUGUCAAUCCACAGGUGAAGCACGAGCACCACCAUGAUGGUGACUUAAUGCCCAUGAAACCUCAGCACGAACAGAGAAAGGAACAGGAGCCGAAAAGACCGCACAUCAAGAAACCGCUAAAUGCUUUUAUGUUGUACAUGAAAGAAAUGCGAGCAAACGUAGUGGCAGAGUGCACGCUAAAAGAGAGCGCAGCCAUCAAUCAGAUCCUGGGGAGAAGGUGGCAUGCAUUAUCCCGGGAAGAGCAAGCUAAAUAUUAUGAGCUAGCACGCAAAGAAAGGCAGCUUCAUAUGCAACUUUACCCAGGCUGGUCUGCAAGAGACAACUAUGGAAAGAAGAAGAAGAGAAAGAGAGAGAAGAUGCAGGAACCAGCAUCAGGUACAGGCCAGAGAAUGAAAACAGCAUACAUCUGAGCAAUGGAGGAAAAAGAAAUUCAUUUUCUACAUGCAAAACCAAGACAGCUGCUCUGGGGCCCCUUUUAAAAAUGGAAGCCUGCUAGUUUCUAAGUGCAGAUUCCCUGUACUCCUCCCUGCUAUUCCAACUUUCCCCAGGAAUAUAGUUGCUUGAUAUUUGAUUCGCCCUAAGCUCACCAAUUUAGGGACACUGAACUGUGUAAAGACAAUCACCUUCUGACCAACCGCCUCCCCUCCUGCACAUGGACACUUGCACUCCAACAGACCCACACAGGGUUUUGUUGUGUUGUUUUGUGGAAUUACCACCCACCCCCCGCAAAUUUCCUCCCUCAUUCCCCCCAUCCUCAUGUUAUAUGGACAUGGCACCAUAGAAUUGCAUUUUCUGGCCAAAGGAAUGUGUUCCCGUCACGUCACAAACGAUGUUUCUGUCACUCACCUCAACCUCACCAACCUAAAUGAUAUCCAACUUCACACCUCGGGCCGUCACAAGCAUUCUGCUUCAGGUCACUUUACUCCAGAACCAGAUUGGACCAGAUAACAAGGAAAUGAGGCAUGUCUCGCCCUGCAUUGAAACGUUCCAGAAAGAGUCGUCGCUCUCUCGUUUGUUCUGUUCUCAUUUUAAUUCAUUUGGAUGCUUUUGUAUUUUAACUUUUUAGCCGAAUAUUUCUUGAUGUAUAUUUUAUUAUUUUUUGUUUUCUUUCUUUAAAUUCAACAGAUAAGCUUUGGAGAUACAGGAAUAUCCAGGUGUGUGUGUUUGUUUUAAUUUUUUUUUUCCUUUCUGCUAUGGCAUCCUGCAGAAAAUGAGAAAAAGCUUUUUGAUAACUAUUUGUAACAAAUAGUGACACUUCUCUCUUUUAAAGGUGUUUCAUAGAAUUACAGACAUGUACUUUAUAUAUAUUUUUUUUUUUGGUUGAACAUGAUGCUAGCUUUACUCUGUGGUAUUUUUGCAGGUGAUUUAUAAGAAUGAAAAUUUAAUUAAAAAAAAAAAAGAGGGUGGGGGGAUUUUGGCUGUACUGCUGGGCACAAGCUGGCAUUUCGUGUAACUUUAUAAGCAACAAAAACAAAAAAAACGAAGUGGAGUUGGUUCCCCAGCACUUGGCGAUCUUUUGUUGCUUCUUUUCGUAUCGUAUUCGUCUUACGUUCUUGGUAGCUUAUAGAGUGAACUUCCGCCAUCUCUCCAAGCAAGUGUUCUGUACCUUUUUUUUUAUUAUUAUUAUUUUUCAAGUGUUAAAUGAUAUAGACUUUGUUUUGAAACACUGUCAACUUGAUACAGACGUAUGUUUCAAGUUUUAAAAUUUUUAAAUGUGUCAAUCUUAAAUGUGUUAUUUUUAUUAUUUUUUUUUUAAAGAAAUUAAAUAAAAAGCCGCAUAAGUUGAAA